AUGUCUAGGGUAUAUGAGCUGAAUAAUGGUUUGCUGGUGAAUCAAGAACAGUUGGAUCACUGGAAUGAGAAGCUGACGGCUCUUUCGCCGCAGGAGAUUAUACGCUGGGCUAUCAUUACAUUCCCGCACUUAUUCCAGACGACUGCGUUUGGUUUGACGGGGUUGGCUACAAUUGACAUGCUUUCCAAUAUGGCAGAGAGUGAGUCAGCCGAGAUUGUUCCGUUGAUAUUCAUUGAUACGCUGCACCAUUUUCCACAAACGCUAGAUUUGUUGAAGAAGGUGGAGGAUCGGUAUUACAAGCCAAGGGGACAGGCUGUGAAUGUGUUCCAACCGCAGGGUUGUAAGAGCGAGCAAGAGUUCGCUGCGAAGCAUGGUGACUUUUUAUGGGAAAAAGACGAUGACAAGUACGAUUUCCUUGUGAAGGUAGAACCGGCCCAUCGAGCAUACCAGGAAUUGCAAGUCACGGCAGUCUUCACCGGUAGAAGAAAGAGCCAGGGUGGUGCACGUGCCAAUUUGAAGUUUGUGGAGCUCGAUGAGCUGAACAAGAUUAUUAAGAUCAAUCCGCUAGCUAAUUGGGAUUUCAACCAAGUGCAGGCCUACAUUCGCGAACACAACGUUCCGUAUAAUGAACUGCUAGAUCUGGGCUACAGAUCCAUUGGUGAUUAUCAUUCUACGCAACCGGUGCAAGAAGGUGAAGACGAAAGAGCUGGUAGGUGGAAAGGCAAGGCCAAGACGGAAUGUGGAAUCCAUGAGACCAGCAGAUUUGCACAAUAUCUACAACAAACAAAGUAA